GGGAGAAGAAUCAACUAAUGGAGAUUCAGAUUCAGAAGAUGAUGAAAAUGGGAGCAAUGAUGAUUCUUCUAGUCAUUCAUCAGAUUCAUCCAGUGGAUCAGACAAGACAGGUGGUCCACCAGGAGCUAGCGAUGGAGCAGCAAAUGAAGGGGGAGAGGAGGAGGAAGAGAAAGAAAAAGAUCAGGAAUUAGAUGACAAAGCUGAAGCAGUUACUGAAGGAGCAGCAACACCUCUCACUGUAUCUGACAGUAAGAAUGAAUCAGAGCCUUCAACCACUGAUAAAUUCAAAGUUGUAGGAAAGGGCAUAACAUACACUGGAAUGCUUUAUUAUGAAAAAGACGGAGUAGAAGAUUUGGUUACCUUCACUGCAGCUAAGAAACUAAAUGCUCUCAUUAAGCAUAUCAGAAAAGAGCAUUCUCAUGCUAAGAAAGGACAGCAUGUUUAUUUUCGUUUCAAAGAUAAUGAUGGAUGUAUCGAGCUAAAGUUUGAUACUCCACAAAAGAAGGAUAUUACUGGUUGGACUAUUGACCCUCAUGUUGAACCAUGCAGGUUGUAUCGUUGUGAUGUUAACAAUUUUGGUAGCAAAGAUUAUCCUCUUCCUCCAUCUUGUCUGAUAUCAGUGUAUGGAUCACCUGAUGCUGUCCCUACACUACAUUACUCCAUACCACUGGAAGGUGUGGCUGAUCCUGUUACAUUAUUCAUCCGUAGAUCACUACAGGGAAAUCCUCCUCCUCCUCCUUCAACAGUACAUGAAUCAACGUCAGUAUCAUCCACUGGAGGAGCUAGUCCAUCAGCUACUGUUGAUGUCAAUAAAGUAAAGAAAGUGAUCAAUGGUGUUCUUGUAUCUCAUUAUGAUGGUCUUACUUCACUACCAAUGGAAGCUGUCCCUGAUCUUGCCAAUAAAUUAUUUACUCUUCGUUUGGUCAAUAAUGCUGUCAGAGGGAAUCCUUCAAUAGAAAAGUUUAUUGAUGAGUUCAAGGCUGGUCUUAGUUUUAAGAGGAAGUUACCUAAAGUGGAAGAGCACUGUCAGAAGUUCUUAAGCUCAUUCAUUGCUGUUAGUGGUAGUUUUGCUAAUGCAGCAGAAGCUUUAGGUGAGGACUGGAUUGAAGCGAUUAAGAAUGAACUGGGAUUUGAUUUUAAUAUUGAUAUUGAUGCUUAAUUUUAUUUUUAAUGCUUAAUUUUAUUUU